ACCCCAGUCGUCCGGACUCGAUUCCUACCGAUCCCCUUCCUGACCUAGACGGCGGCGGCGAGCCGGCGGUGUGCUUCUGCCUCCUGCUCCCCCGCCCAAACGUCCACCCCGACACCUGCCCCUCUCACUCUAAGGCGUUAGGAGCAGCUCGCCGAGUCGCCAACUCGUGAUAUCGACAACAUCAACCGAGCCGCGGGACCCAUGGCUUCUGUUCCGUCACUCCUGGUCUCCUUGGACGAACACGAAGGUUCUGGCCAAGAGGGUGUUCAGGAAGUUCAUGAAAUCGCUAAUGGAACCGAAUCAAAUGUGAAAAAGAGAAAACAAAGGGAAAUAGAGAUCAGUGCCUUGGAGGAAAGGGCGUUGCAGAAAGGUAUACCGCAGACUCCAGAUGAAUUCGACAAGUUGGUUAGGAGCUCUCCAAAUAGUAGCUUCGUCUGGAUAAAGUAUAUGGAAUUUUGGUUCGACCUUGCAGAUGUUGAGAAAGCACGUUCAGUAGCCGAAAGGGCUUUGAGAACAAUAAACAUUAGAGAAGAGGAUGAGAAACUCAAUGUAUGGGUAGCUUACUUUAACCUUGAAAAUGAAUAUGGGAGUCCGCGAGAGGAUGCCGUCAAGAAGAUAUUUCAAAGAGCCGUGCAGUAUUGUGAUCCCAAGAAGGUGCACCUGGCUCUUCUUGGAAUGUAUGAGAGGACUCAACAACAUCAACUGGCAGAUGAACUUCUUGAUAGAAUGACCAGAAGAUUCAGGACUUCACGCAAGAUCUGGUUCCACCGCAUUCAAUUCUCUCUCAAGCAAGGCGAGGGCGUUGAAUACAUGAACUUUGUCGUAAACCGCGCACUUCUAGGUCUGCCACAGCGCAAGCAUAUAAGGUUUCUCACGCAGACCGCUAUCCUGGAGUUCAAGUGCGGGGUGCCUGAGGAAGGGAGAACCAGAUUUGAGCUGAUCCUAUGGGAUCAUCCAACAAGAACAGAUCUUUGGAGUCUUUACCUUGAUCAAGAAAUUCGACUUGGUGACACGGAAAUUAUACGGGCAUUAUUUGAAAGGGUGAUAUCCCUUAGUCUUCCUCCAAAAAAGAUGAAGUUCUUGUUCAAGAAAUACCUGCGAUAUGAGAAGUCUCAGGGCGAUGAAGAAAGAAUCGACCAUGUGAAACAAAAGGCACUCGAGUUUGUGAACAUGCCCUACGAAGCAUGACGCUCACUUAAUGUCAAAGAAAAUUCCUGUGAAAUGCAUUCGCCUAUGGAAUAGUAAAACUUUUAGGUUAGCUCAGUACUUUAUUCCUUUGAGAAAACUACUCCCUCCGUCUCAUAAUGUAAGAUUUUUUUUACACCACUAAUGUUAAAAAACGUCUUAGAUUUUGGGACGAAGGGAGAACCUUGUAAAAUGUUUCUUUUGAAGGGUCCUGUGUGCAUGUCUAGUUCUCUACCCCUAUCUGGUAUUGUUGGACUAAGAAUGUGUAUGCAAGCUUCUUUUGGUUAACUAACUUAUUGUUGACCCUCCA